CUGAGGCGGAUGAGACCAGAACCUUUGUUCUCUCUCCUCCCACAACAAGAAUAAAAAUAAGCCCCUCUUUCUCAGUGGCCUGCCAAUGCGUCUGGCGAAAUUGCGCUUGCAUAUUUAAUGUUGUGGGUUGGCUAACGUUGAUGGUGGUUUUAUUAUAUAGGAAAUAGCCAAAUACCGUAUUUUUUCCGAUCGGAGCAACCCAUAGGGACCUGUGUAUGUUUUUUCCCCGUCGGCUGUUCAAUGGAAAUAAAACGCGGAACUGAAAGUAACAGCAGUCGAGGUGAUGAUCUACCAGUGUCUUAUCUACGCCUCUUGGCCCCGCCCUUGCAGCUUUUUUCAGCUGCAAUGUGGCAAGUUGUGCAGCAGGGACUCGUGGAUCACUAUGGGAUGCUGGAGGAGUUCGUUACCAUGGUGACGGAGCUGGUCCCGGAGCUGAUGAGCUACAGUCAGAGGGCACAGCUCAUCUUGGGACUCAGGUCCAGGUUGGUUCUGGAGAUGUGUCGUGGUGAGCACCCAGUCGACCUCCCAACCAUCGAGCCUCACCUGGACAGAAUCAAGGCUCCUAUCAGCACCGCAAAGGACCACCAUGUAACUAUCAAUCAGGUGGAGGAAUCAGAGGUGAACUUUGUGGAGCUGGUCCAUACUCUACUUGAGAACCCCUCUGAGAGAGAGCACUUCUUCCAAGAGAUUUUUCCCGUGCACUUUGGCUCAAAGUAUGACACAGCACUUGAGAUGCUGGUCUGGGAGUUCAUAUCGAGACUCGAGGAGCUGCUCCCUCUUCCUGACUUCACACAGAUGGCAGCGUGGCUCGGAGAUACUCCAUCAUUCCUAGACGAGUGUUUACAGUCGUUUUCCCCACCGGAAAGUUUGAAGGCUGUACUUGAACACCGCAGAAACCUUGGCCAUUUUGAAGAGAAAGAUCCUAGUUUGUUACCGAUGGAUGACUGCAUCCUCUCAUCCUUGUCACUGCCUCCCAUGACCAAACUUGUCAUAAACAACGCCUCCUGUUCAUCGAGCCCAGAUAGUUCACCCCUUCCAGAUAAAGAGGAAGAUCCCGAGCAGUCCAGCCUGGGCAGGAGGAAUACUGAGACAAGCAGAUACAGACAGAGGGACAAAAGCGACUCAGGCAAUUGGCAGCUAAUGGUCAGAGGCAGUAACGGUAGCAAUGCUCAGGAGAAGAGGAGACAAAACUCGGCGGCCACAUUUGCACACGAUGGAGUAGAUACCAUAGACCUCUCACCCUCUGAAGACCCCGUGGUCACAGAUCCAGCAACCAGUGAGAACAGCCUCGUCUUGAAAGGAGGGCGGGUUCUCAGGAAGAGGAAGCACAGCGCAGGUUUAGAAGUUUCCUCAAAGCAGUCUAUGGAGGUGUCGGCUUUCCUGGAGUCCUCAGUGGAUGUUGAGAAUUCAGGUGAAUCUCCGCUAAUCUCCAUAUGGGGAGAAUACACGGACCCUCAGGAAGCCUCUUACCCAGUCAUAACCGACACUAAAGUCCCCUGGUCGGAUGAUGAGACGCUCAACCUGCUAGAUAUCUGGGGGAAGGAUUCGGUGCAGCGGGUUUUGAAAGGCUGCUUGAAAAACCGCCACAUCUUCACCCUGAUCUCCCAGAAGAUGGCCGAGAGGGGCUACAUGAGAACCGUGGAGCAGUGCCAGACCAGGAUCAAGCGGCUGAAGAAAUGCUUCCGCCAGAGUCUCCACAGCAGCAAAGGGAAGCGCAGACAAGAAUGCAAGUUUUACGACCAGCUGGAGCGAGUGCUCGGCAGCAGAUCUGCCUCGUCUGUUCCUGAAGUCACGUACGAUGUGGAAGAGGUCAACGAUGAAGACGAGUCCCAAGACGGUGGUGAAGACUGGCAGUUCCACGGCCACAUGGGACGAGAGGAUAUCGGAACGAGAAGUGUUCCAUGGACUGACCUGGAGACCCUGGCCCUCAUCAACAUAUGGGGUGAAGACAAAAUCCAAGAGGAGCUGAGGGGCAUGCACAGGACCGGACACAUUUUUUCCAUCAUAUCCAAACAGAUGGCCGCCCAAGGUUUCUUCAGAACAGCAGAGCAGUGCCAAACACGUUUGAAACGACUGAAAACAAAUUUCAGGCAGUGCUACGAGAACAACAUGAAGGGACAGGAGCAGGUUGAGUGCAAAUUUUACAAUGAACUGGCAAGAUUUUUAAUAAAGGACGUGCCUUCACUGGAGCUGGUAGCGGAAAGCAGCAGCAACUUGGACUUGGAUGCUGGACCUGAAGAGCCAACAGAAAAAGACUUUUCUGCUUUCCCUCAACAGGAGAUGGAGGCAGCUUUAGGUGUUCAGGAAGAGAGGAAGAAGGUGCCCUGGUCCGACAGAGAAACUCUUAUCCUUCUGGAGAUCUGGGGAGAUCACCAGGUGCAGCAGAACCUGAGACGCUGCCCUCACAACGGCCACAUCUUCUCCGAGAUAUCAGAGAAGCUCCGAGUCAGCGGCUACUCCCGCAGCGCAGAGCAGUGCCACACCAGGAUCAAACGGCUGAAAGCCAGCUAUCGCCAGUGUCAGGAAAACAUGAGCUCGUCUGGAACUGAUAGAGUUGAUUUCAAAUUCUAUGAUCUGCUGGAGCAAAUCCUGGAAAAGCAGCCAUCAACCUCUUCCACUGUCGUAGGGGACUCCAUUGAAAUAUCAGAGGACUCCAACGGUGACUCCGAAAAUGAAACAGGUGAACUCACCACACCGUUGGAAAAAGCAGCGCCUGGCUCAUGGUCAGAUGAAGAAACCCUGGCACUCAUCAGUAUCUGGGGUGAAGAGGACGUUCAGAGGGCGCUGAGGGGUUUCGUCCACAACGGUCAUGUUUACGCCGACAUAUCGGAGAAAAUGCACGACCUCGGUUUCUCUAAAACCCCAGAGCAAUGCCGGUGGAAAGUCAAGUCACUGAGGAACAACUUUCGCCAGUGCUACGACAGGAAGAAGUGUGGCAGAAACAAAGUUGAAUAUAAGUUUUACAACCAGUUAGAAGGAAUACUUGGGCAAGAGGCUGUUUCUAUUGAUGAGUACGAUGAAAGAGAUGAACAAACAGACCAGGACACAGCAGGUGCAGACAGCUCAAAAUGUGCUGCCUGGACAGAGCAGGAGACUGUCGCUCUCAUCGAGCUGUGGGCUGCAGACGACGUACAGCACAGCCUGAAAACCUGCAUCAGAAAUGGACAUAUAUUCGCCGACAUAUCGGACAAGAUGGCCUCCUUGGGAUAUCUGAGGACAGCGGAGCAGUGCCACUCCAGGAUCAAAAGGUUAAGGAAGACAUACAGACGUUUCUGCAAUAGCCGGAGAAGCGGAGGACAGCCCAUGCUGUUCAGAUACUUCCAGCUCCUGGAUCCCGUGCUUGGUGAUGACUCCCUGUACGCCGAUGUAGACGGCGCUGGUGGUGACGGCACCAUGCACCCCCUUCUGGACAAGGAUCCUGACAUGUACGACCAGGCCUCAACUUGUCACCUGAUGGGCGAGUCAAGCAGAAAAAUGCCCUGGUCAGAUCGGGAGACUCGGGCCCUGCUGGAGAUCUGGGGUGAAGACAGCGUCCAAAUCAGCCUGAGAGGCUGCUUAAAGAACCGCCAUGUGUUUGAGUACAUCUCCGAGAAGAUGAACACCCGUGGAUUCACAAGGACAACAGAGCAGUGCUACACCCGUAUAAAGCGCCUUAAAGCCGGCUUCCUGCACGACAAGGAGGAAUUUAAAUUCUUCGAUCAGAUGGAGGAAAUCUUCAGGCGGGAGCUGAAAGCAGACGGGUCAGCCGGAGUGCCCUUAGUCACAGAGGAGGCUGAUGAUUCUGCACAAGUUCUUGACCAGAAAAAAGAUAACCAGUGGGUCGCUGACGGAUCGAAGCUGUCCUGGAGUGACGGAGAGACUGAGGUCCUCCUGGACAUCUGGGGGAGCAAGGAGAUCCAGGAGGACUUGAGGGGCUGCACCAAGAACAAACAUGUCUUCAUCCAGAUCUCUCAGGCCAUGGCCAGCCACGGCUACCUGCGGACCCCUGAGCAGUGCCAGACCAGGAUCAAGAGGCUGAGGGCCAACUUCCGUCAGUUCGUAGAAGGCAAAAAAGGAGAAAAACAGGAGUGCAAAUUCUUUGAUCAGCUGGUGCGGAUAUUCGGCAGCAAGUACGCAAACUCCGACUCCCUGGCUGACGAGUCUAUGGAUGUCCUGGAAUCAGGAAGCUGUCCAUCGCCGUAGAUCCUGAUCGAAAGGAUGCAGCAGGAGACGGAAGUGUCUCUCAGCACCGGCCAGACGGAGAGACCAAGAACAUGUGAAGAGGAAACAACUUAGAGACAUUUAUAUUGAAACUGCCAUACUUAUAGCUGUGUAGUGGAGUUUAUAGACCAGUCAUGGCUCAUUCUAACAGUAAGUCUGGAUGUGCCUCAGUAGAUACUUCAGACAGUUGAAAUCCUGGACGCACAGACACGUGUUCGUAUCUGUGUGUCCACCCACCAGUGUCUUUUUUUUUGUAUUCAAGCCAUGAAAUAAAAAGCAGGAUGCUCAUUGGAGUGACGGGGCAAAAAUGAUUCCCCGAUUUUGACUUGCUGGCAUCUGCCCUUAGCAGGCACACAAGAUGUUGUUAUUUUGUUGUGUGUUAUUAUUUUGCUUUUUAAAAAAAAAAAAAAAAAAAUGCUAAAUGAAUCAAAGCACAACUAUAAAGACAAAGGUGAGGGCUGGAGUAAAUUGCCUGCAGUACAGCCUGCAUUAGCCUGCAGGUCUUGUUUCAGGUCUUAUUUGUGAUAUCACAUGUUUGCACACUGUGGCCCUGCACCCUCACUGUCUCUACUAUAGGUUGCUUUUCAUGUUGAAACUGUUUCUACUGUCUAAGUGUUAACGUAAUAUCUAAAAACUAUUUAUUUGAAAGUUUUGUUUUGUUUACGGUGCAUUUCUUCCAAUAUGAUUAUAUUCCUUUCUCUGAGCACUUCCCUGUCACGUCUUGUCAGCAGCAUCACGUUUCAUUUGCUUCUUCUUGACUGUGAAGGUUUUGACAAAAGCACUCAUGAAAGUUUUAAAUGUUUGAUGGAGGGUUUAUCUAAUGUUACUUCACUUACUGAUAGUUACUUGACUGGAAGGAUUUCCCAGCUAAAAUAUGUGAAUGUGGUGGAUUCUUGAUUCUGUCAAAGUAAUAAAAAUGUACCCUUUUUUU